AUGGCAGGCGCGGAGGCUGGCAGCGGGCGCCCGGCGAAUCCGCCGGACCCUGUUGCGUUUGCAGAGCGCCUCGCCGAUCCCGAUCUGGACUACCGGGAAAAGGCUGGCGUGGUGGCGGACAUAAAAGAAAUGAUCGAAGUGUUUGUGAACGUGGACUAUACCCACUUUCUGAAUACUGUGCUGCCGGUCCAGAUCGAGCUACUUGAGAGCACCCCGUGUGCGUUUGUGUCCGAUGCACCGGAGCAAAGACUGCGACACGGGAUUAUUGAGGCGAUCUACCGGUAUCCACAGCACGAGGCAGUGCGCUCGCACGCCGAGCGCUUGAUGCAAGUUAUGCUGCGCGCUGUACAUGAAGAUAACGAGGAGAACGCGACGGUGGCAUUCAAGGCCAUUAUUGAUUUGCACCGCUCCUUCAAGUCCGUGCUCCAGCCUCAGGUGCAGCCUUUCCUUGAGCUGGUGCAGAAGCUGUAUUUGAAUAUGGGCAACGCAGUCGCCGAAGCGUUUGGCACGGAGCGCACGCCCGGCAAAGACAUUGCGCCUGCCGAGACCUCGGAAGGGAUUCUUUCUCUAUCCGGAGAGCACGCUGAAGAGCCUGCGUCGAAAGCGGCGCCACGCCCGCUGCUGAAAAGCGCGCAGAGCUUUAAAGUGCUGACCGAGUGUCCCAUUGCGAUUGUGCUCAUCUUCCAGACCUAUCGGAACGUGGUGAACUCGAGCAUCAAUGUGUUUGUCCCGCUCAUCUUUGAGCACUGCCUCAUGCUCCAGGCCUUGCCGCAGAAACAGGCACACGAGGCGGCCAAAGCGCGCGGCGAGAUCUUUUGCGGUGUCGCACCGGGCAUCAAGCAUCGCGCAUUGUUUAGCGAGAUGGUCACUGCGCAGGUCAAGACCAUGUCUUUUCUUGCCUACGUCCUGCGAGGCAGUGCUCCGAUCGUGCGACACUAUGUAGCGCUCUUGCCCGAGGUGAAUGUGCGCCUCCUCAAAGACUGUCCUCCUGAAAAUGCAGUGACGCGCAAAGAGCUUCUCGUUGCCACACGCCAUAUUCUUUCUACGGAUUUCCGCGAGCAUUUUGUCGGCCAGAUCGACACGCUCCUCGACGAGCGCGUCAUGCUCGGCAUUGGCGUCACUACCCGCGAGAUGCAGCGGCCGCUCGUGGUGAGUAUGCUGGCGGACCUGAUGCACCAUGUCCGCCAGGAGCUGACUAGCGAGCAGAUCGUGCGUGUCAUCAACUUGCAUGCUCAGCUCCUGCACGAUCCGACGCUUGCACCGAGUAUCCAGACCAUGUGUGUAAAGCUGCUGCUGAACUUGGUCGAGACGAUUGUGAUGAAGCACGCCGAGCACUCUGUGCCGAUGCUGCGCGGCAUCUUUGAUACGUUCCUGGCCAAGCUGCCCGAGCUGCACAGGCUUGGACAGGACUAUCGCGAGAUGCGCAAGCUGAACCACGAGUCUCUUGACGAAGAAGAGCACAGAGUCGACGAUGAGCACGAGGUUUCGGAACUUCCCGCGACGAUCGAGCCCAACGACGCGGCGAUGGACGCGGUGCGGAUUGAGCAGGAAAAAUGGGUGCAAAGCAGCGUCGCCGUGCUGGAAAACGUGACGGACCCGUUGAAGAAUGCACGCUUUUUGUUCCGCAACCUCUUGUUUGGGUUCAAGACGCUGAUCACUGUGCUAAAGCACCGCAACGUGCCAGAGCCCGACGGCGACACAAUGGGCCGCGUCUUUGUCGGCGGCGUCCACUGCUGUCUCCUGCAGACGCAGCGCGACGGGCGCGAGGAGAAAGAUGUGAUCGACCUCUUUACCAACAUUUUCAUUGAUCUCCAGCCCGAAACGUUUUACGAGGUCUUCUCGACACACAUGCCAUUCCUCUUCCACGAGAUUCUCCGCUCCCCCGUCCUGCUCGGCAUUCCGCAGAACUUGCUGUCCAACGACGCAGUGUCGCGCCUCUUUGUCGAAAUCUUGCUCAAGUUUUUGGUCGGGCGCUUGGACGAUCUCGGGACGAGCGACAAGAAACUCGCCUCGGUGAGCUUGCGCCUUUUCAAGAUGGCAUUCAUGGCCGUUACCAUAUUUCCAGAAGAGAACGAGGCCGCGCUGCAGCCGCACUUGUCGCACUUGAUCAUGCACUCGCUCAAAUGCGCAUCGCGCACCCAAGAGCCGACCAACUACUUUCUGCUCCUUCGUGCGCUUUUCCGCAGCAUUGGCGGCGGCCGCUUUGAGCUGCUGUACAAGGAUGUGCUGCCCCUGCUUUCCGUCCUCCUCGAGAAGCUCAACCUCCUCCUCGACGCGGCAGAGCCAUCGAAGCGCGAGUUGUUUGUCGACUUGUGCCUCACCGUGCCCGUACGCCUCAGCGUGCUUUUGCCCUACCUCGACCAGCUCAUGCACCCUCUUGUCCUUGCGCUGCAAUCCUCGCCCGAGCUGGUGAGCCAAGGGCUGCGCACCCUCGAGCUCUGCAUCGACAAUCUUACCCAGGAGUUCCUCGACCCCAUCAUGGCGCCCUACAUCCAAGAUAUCAUGGCCGCGCUCUGGACGCACCUCAAACCGCUUCCCCACAACUACCAGCACUCGCACACGACCAUGCGCAUCCUCGGCAAGCUCGGCGGGCGCAACCGGCGCUUUUUGCAGCAGCCGCCGCGCCUUGCAUACCACGCGACGAACCAGCCGCAGAUUACGCUGCACAUCAACGGCACGGAGCAGUCGCUUGCGCUGAUGCCCGCCAUCGACACCGCGCUCCUCCAGAUCCACAACCCAGAGACCAGGUUGCAGCGCGAGGCGUACGACGUGCUCACCGCCUCGGCCAUGGUCCUGAUCAACAGCGCAGACAGCGACCAGCGCACGGUUUUGCGCAAGGUGCUCAUUGGUCUUUUCUGUGCGGCGCGGGGCGCCAUGCACGACGAAGUGCGCACCUUUUUGCACAACUGCUACGCGCACGCCCUUGGCCACGAGAUCCACCGCGAAGUGCCCAUGCGCCAGACAGCCGGACAGCGCCACUUGCUUCCGCUCACGCUGGUCAUGCUCGAAGCCAUGGUGCGCUCGCUGGACGGCGUCGAUUUGCGCGGCGUGCAUCCGCAAGUUGAUAUUAUGCUCGCCAUUGUCGCCGACUUCCAAGUGUCGUGCGAACGGGCGCCUGCGACGCGUCCAGGACUUGGCCAUACUGUCAUGCACGCUCUUGCGAGCGCCUUUUGUUCGCUGUGCUACGAGCAGCAUUGGCACCGCCGCCUCGGUGGCUGGCUCGGCAUCGAUACGCUCGUGCGCCGUGCCAAGCUCGGUGCGCUUUGGACUGCGGACCAUCAGCUGGAGAUGGUGCGCGCGCUGCUCUUCAUGCUCAAAGACAUGCCGAGCGACCCGCCAAAAGAGAUCCAAGGCAUCAGCCAAACGCUCUACUUUAUCCUCGAGCAGUCCUACGGCGAGGCACCCAAGCUGCGCGCGGAAAAAGAGGACGCGAAAAAGCCGCGCGGCUACAGCGACCACCCGCCGCACCUUUCGCUCCUUGUCGGCAUUCUCAUCCCCGAGCUCUCCUGCGCGAACGAAAUUGCGCGCGAAACGACGCAGGACGCGCUGGAGCUCCUCGCGCGCUUGAAAGAGUGCAGCGUGACGGAUUUGCUCGCGCCGCAGCGCGACCGGCUUCUGCUGCCCAUCUUUACGAAGCCGCUCCGCGCGCUGCCUUUCGGCAUGCAGAUCGGCCACAUCGACGCCAUUACCUACACGCUGCAGCUGCAGCCGCCGGUGCCCGAGUUUAACGAGGAGCUUUUCCGCGUGCUGACCGAGGCGCUUGCCCUCGCCGACGCCGACGACCAGGCAUUGAUUGGGCGCACUACGCUGUACAAGAAUGUUGUCGCCGUCACCAAGCUGCGUGUGGUAGCGAUUCGCUUGCUUGCCGCUGCGAUGCAGUGCCCCCAGUUCCUUAAGCAGGAGCACACGGCGAUGCGCAUGCGUAUUAUCAGCGUCUACUUCAAGUGCCUCUACUCGAGCAGCGAAGAAGUGGUCACGAUGGCGUACGAUAGCCUUAAAGCAACGCUUGCGCAGCAGAGCAAGCUUCCCAAGGACCUUUUGCGCAGCGGCCUGCAGCCCAUCUUAAUGACGCUCGCGGACAGGAAUCGCCUGACCACCGCCGGGCUCGAUGGCUUGGCGCUCUUGCUCCAGCUCUUGACCAACUAUUUCAAGGUGGAAAUUGGCAUCAAGCUGCUCGACCACCUCACGAGCCUUGCCGAUCCUGCGGCGCUGCGUCGCGCCGCCGGCGGCUCGCUCGAGUCCAGCGAGCUGCUCAAGACGCUUACUUCCAUCGUGCGUGUCUUUCACCUGCUUCCCGACACGGCCUACCAAUUCCUUCCGCGCCUUCCCAUGUACGUCGCAGAGAUCGACGCGCAUCUCAAGCGCGUGGGCCCAACGCCGUUCAGCACCACACUUGUCCCGUACCUCGACCGCUUCGCCGAGCACGCCAUCUGCUACUUUUUCGAGGCGGACCGCUUGCAUAACGCCAAGCUCUUCCGCGUCCUUCGGCUCGCGCUGCAGUCCGACAGCGGCGGAGCGCUGCGCGCCGAGCUCAGCGAGAAGAACGAGCAGUACUUGAUGCCGCUCCUUGCCUCGCCCGCCGUCCCGGACAAGGUGUUCUGCGCUUUGCAGCUCAUUCAGCAGCUUGUUGCGCACGACGAUGCCUGGCUCGCCGCGCACCGCCACGUCGCCGAGCGCCUCCUCGCACUGUGGAAUGCGCCUGAAAUGCACGCGCACCGCCGCGACGAGGCCAAUGUCUUGUACGCCCAGCCCGAAAGCACACCCCUCUUCGUGGCGCUCUUUCACGCACAGCUGCGCAAGGAGCCCAACGUCGACGUCUACUUUGCGCUGCUGGACCUCUACACGUACCGCCAGCCGCGCGACUUGACGCCCAGUGUCCGAUUCGUUUACGAGCACGUCGCUGUGCACGGCAGUCUCGAGACAAGGCGCGCGGUGUUGCACCGCGCGAUCCGCGCGCUGGGCGAGCCGAGUAUUGCGACGCCGCUCAAAACACAAGCGCUGCGUGUCUUGGCCAAUCCUAUUCUUGUGGCGUCGGCAUGGGGCGACGCGGGCGUGCUCAACAUGGAGCUCGUUACCUCUGUGGCGAAUGCUGUCUGGAAACAGGUGCAGGUGCCUGGCAAUGGCGGCUUGCUCUGCGACGACGAGCUGCGCGUGGAGCUUCUCACAAUGUCCACGCACAUUCUCCAGCGCGGCGCCGCGCUCCUCGCAGCGCAGGGCCAAAUGAAGCUCGACGCGAUCAAGUUUGGCUGGGCCAAUUUGUCUGCGGAAGACAUUACUGUAAAGUACGCCGCGUACGUAUUUAUUGCGCGCUUCCUCCACGAGUUCGAGAGCCCGCUCAAGAUCGUCGGCCAGGUGUACAUUGGGCUUUUGCGCCUGCACCACAGCGAAGGGCGCGCGUUGGUGCGCAAAGCACUGGACAUUUUGGUGCCUGCGCUCCCCGCCCGCGUGCCUGCGAAGCCUGGCCAAGUCCCGCUCUGGGUGAAGUGGACAAAGCGCACACUGCUCGACGAAGGACACAAUGCGCCGCAGCUCUGCGCUAUUCUGCAGCUCCUCGUGCGCUACCCCGACCAGUUUUACGCAUCGCGCGACAUGUUUGUGCCCCACAUUGUCACGAGCCUCGCCAAGCUCGGCCUUGCGUCGAGCGCGAGCGCGGAAUCCAAGCGUCUCGCCGUGGAUUUGGUCGACCUGCUCUUUGCGUGGAGCACCCCCGAAGAAAGCCCACGCAAGCGCCAGAAAACAGAUGCGGAGGCGUAUGCCAUUCCCAUGCAUCUGCGCGAAAUGACCAUGGGCUUUUUGGUGCGCUUUGUCUCGCUCUCUCUCGAGCCCAUGGCCAAGAACGAGGUGACGCACCAGGCAUUUGCACUGCUCGAAAAGGCAUACGCAUCCGACGACUGGAACAGCGCCCAAGUCCGCCUCGCCAUCCUCCAGCGCUCGCUUGUGCACACCGACAUUACCGAGCAGCACCUCGGCCCGAUUGCCAAUGCACUCGCGACGCUCGAUGUGCUCUGCCGCGGCAAGAAUGACGCGUGGUUUGCAAAGUACAUUGCACAGCUGCACAAGCUCCUCGAGCGCACACUCCACUCGGACAAGCCCGUCUUGCUCGACGCGGUGUAUUCGGUGCUGGAGCGCAUGGUUGCAGUGGCAGAAGAGAGCGAAGAGGCGCAGGCAUUCUCCAACUUUGCCGAGAACCUCGUCCAAGAAGGGCUAAAGAAUGGCACCAACAUGUACGGCAUCCUCGCCGUGUUCCGCGCUUGGUCCACCGCCAAGCCCGCCGUGUUCCACCGCUACCUGCAGCCGCUGAUCAAGCUCUUGACCAAGCUGACCAAAGAGCACAUUGGCGCGGCGCUGAAUGCAGGCGCGACGCUCGAGCCCACCGUCGACCUCUUGAUCCAGGUUUUGGGGCUGUUAAAAACAAGCGUCGCGCAGCUCGGCGACCAGCGGCGCUGGUUCCUCAGCGCGCUCGUGCAGCUCGUGGAAAAGUCGCCGAGCACAGAACUCGCGCGGUUCUUGCUGGGGAUGCUGCGCACCUGGGUGCUCGACGCGGACGAAGCGUUUCCCACCGUCAAGGAAAAGGCCGGCAUCCUGCUCAAGAUGCUCUGCUUUGAGCAGCGCAGCGACCAGACGCUCUUCCGCGAAUUUCUGGAGCUUAUCCUUGCGAUUUACGAGCGCCCGGCGCUGAUGCGCAGCGAACUCACAGCGCGCCUCGAAGGCGCGUUUCUGCGUGGGUGUCGCUACAAAGACGACGACGUGCGCCGCGCUUUUAUCGACAUCUUUGACAAGUCGCUCACCCACGCUGUCCCUGCCCGGCUGCAGCACCUGCUUGGCUACCAGAGCUGGGAAGCGCUGGCGGAGCACUACUGGCUGCACCAAGCGCUCGACCUCGUGCUUGCCGCCGUGGAUACGGGCCAUGCGCUCGUCCAAGCAGAGCACGGCGCCGAGGACGAUGCGUUUGCGGCGCAAAUGCGUGCAGCGACGCCCAAAGCGUUCCUUGCCGCGCUCCGCACGCUGCAGUACCACGACGUGCAAGCGGCCAGCGAUCUCUGGGUGAGUCUCUUUGCGUGCAUAUGGCGCGCCUCCUCCAAGGCGCAGCAGUCAGACUUGAACCGCGCCAUGAUUGGGUGCAUGGCGCGCGAUUAUAUGAUGCGCCAGGCCACAGCGCGCCCCAAUGUGGUGCAAACGCUGCUCGACGGCGCAUUGGCGUGUGCGCCCGCGCUGGAGUUGCCUCCGCACGUGGCAAAGUACCUCGCCAAGACGUUCCAGGCGUGGUAUGCAAGCAUGGAGCUGCUCCAGCACCAGUUGGUGGCGCUGAGCAGCGACGAUGCAGCGCGCGAAGCGACGCAAGACGCGCUGACAGAAGUCUACGCCGAGCUCUCCGAGGCCGACUACUUCUACGGCCUCUGGCGCCGGCGCUGUGUCUUCAACGAGACGAACGCCGCGCUGGCGUACGAGCAAAACGGCAUGUACACCGAGGCGCAGUAUCUCUACGAAGCCGCACAAGUCAAGGGGCGCACAAGCUGGCUACCGCUCACCGAGGCCGAGUACAGUUUAUGGGACGACCACUGGAUCCUCUCUGCGCUCGAGCUGCAGCAGUGGGAUAUUUUGUCCGAUCUCGCCAAGCUCGAGGGCAACGACGACUUGUCGCUCGAGUGUGCAUGGCGCCUUGCGGAUUGGACUUCGGAUCGCGCGCACCUCGAGCAAUCGCUGGAGAGCCUUUCUGCGACGAGCACUCCGCGCCGCAAAGUGUUUGAGGCGUACAUUGCGCUGCUCAAGUCCCAGGCCGCGCCGGAGAAGCCGUCAGACUUUGGGCGGAUCUGCGACGAGGCGAUCCAAAUGACGCUGUACAAGUGGCACACGCUGCCGAAACACGUCUCCCAAGCCCACGUUCCCCUCUUGGAAAUCUUCCAGCAGUUUGUCGAGCUGCAAGAGGUCAGCACUGUGUUUGCAUCCCUUGCGCACACCAAUGCAGCCAACUUGAACCACCGCUCCGCAGAGCUCAAGACGCUGAUGCAAACCUGGCGCGAGCGCUUGCCCAACUUGUGGGACGAUAUCAAUGCGUGGAGCGAUCUGGUCGCGUGGCGCCAGCACGUCUUUAGCUCUGUGAACAAGGCCUACCUCCCGCUUGUCCCGCUCAUUCAGCGCACCGAAGGGCCUGGCUCGAGUACCAAUUCUUACGCGUACAGAGGCUACCACGAGACUGCGUGGAUCAUCAAUCGGUUCGCGCACGUCGCGAGGAAGCACGGCUUGGAUGACGUGUGUAUCUCCUCCCUCACAAAGAUCUACACACUCCCCAACAUUGAGAUCCAGGAAGCGUUCUUGAAGUUGCGCGAGCAGGCGCGGUGCCACUACCACAAUCCCAGCGAGCUGAACCAGGGACUGAAUGUGAUCAACAAUACGAACCUCAUGUUUUUUGCCGCCGCGCAAAAGGCCGAGUUCUUCUCGCUCAAAGGCAUGUUUCUUAACAAACUCGGGCUUGGCGAGGAGGCUAACCAGGCGUUUGCCACGGCAAUCCAAAUGGACCUCAACCAGCCCAAGUCCUGGGCAGAGUGGGGCAGGUACAGCGACCGUCUCUUUGCCGAAAAGCCCGCGGCAAUGUACCUCGCUGGAAACGCAAUCAGCUGCUAUCUGCAAGCCGCGGGAUUGUACAAGAAUGCCAAGUCGCGCAAGAUACUUGUGCGCAUCCUUUGGCUGCUCAACUGCGACGACGCACAAGGCACACUCCGCCAAGCGUGCGACAACUUUGCCGGGGAAACGCCGAUCUGGUACUGGAUCACGUUUAUUCCCCAGCUCUUGCAGCUCCUCGCGCAGAAGGAUGUCAAAUUUGCGCGCAAACUGCUCAUGCAGAUUGCCAAAUCCUUCCCGCAGUCGCUCUACUAUUACCUGCGCACUACCCGCGAAGACCUCAUGCUGGCCAAGCGGAAUAGCGUCGCAGCAGCACAGCGCGCUGCGGCGCGGCAAAAACAAGGGGACAAGCCCGACGAGAUCCAGCCAGAGAAGCCCGAAGAGAAUGGCCGGAAUCCAUGGGAUCACAUCGACGAGAUCCUCAACAUCCUCAAGACAGCUUUUCCGCUUUUGGCGCUCACCAUGGAAAACAUGGCCGACCAACUGCAGCAGCGGUUUAAGCCGAGCAACGACGAGGAUAUUUACCGCCUUACCAACGCUCUUUUGAACGAUGCAUUGCAGCAGUACAUCCACCGCGCACCGCUAACGACGGACAAUGGACAGCUGCCGCACACGUCGCAAAUGAAUGUUACGCUCUUUGCCGAGAACCUGCCGCCAGGGCCGCUCAAGACCGCAUUUGAAAACGACUUUGUGCGCAGCAAACCGACGCUGCGCGAAUAUGUCGCGCGCUUGCAGCGCUGGCGCGAUCGGUACGAAGAAUCGCUUGACAAACGGCCAAAGCGGCAGCACUUGGAGCACUGCAGCCACUAUCUGGUCGAGUUCCAGCACCAAAAGUUUGACGAAGUCGAGAUCCCGGGGCAGUAUUUGCGUGUCGAGGACAACAAUGCGAACUUUGUACGCAUCAGCCGCUUCUUGCCCGAGUAUGGCCUCUUGCGCUCCAACGGCAUGUGUAAUCGGCGCGUGACAAUUUUGAGCAACAAAGGCACACUCUACUCUUUCACGGUGCAGUUGCCUUCUGCGCGCUACUGCCGCAGGGAAGAGCGCAUUUUCCAGCUUCUGCGUUUGCUCAACACGGUGCUCGAACGCAAGAUCCAAACCCGCAAGCGGGGGCUUGCGUUCAAUGUCCCGACCGCUGUACCCAUUUCGCCGCAGCUGCGCCUCCUCAACUAUGACGAGUCGUUUGUCAGCAUGCAAGAUAUUUACGAGCGGCACUGCAAGGAAAUUGGGCUCGGCAAGGACGAUCCGAUCGUGGCAUGGGUAGAAAAGAUGCGCAGUACCUGGGACGGCGGCUCGCACAGCCGUACAAAUGUCGAUUUUGCCAACCUCCGCAUGGAGCUCAUGGAGGAAAUCAGUGUCAAGAUGAUCUCGGACAAGAUCCUGACCAACUUUAUGACUCGCACCAUGGCGUCGCCAGCGGAUCUUUGGCUUGUACGCAAGCAAUUUACGCUGCAGAUGACGACGACCAUGUUCCUUACCUACAUCUUGUUCAUCAGUGCUAGGUUCCCGGGGCGGAUCCACAUUUCCCGGUCGAGCGGCGCUGUGAUUAUGUCGGAUGUAGUGCCGACGUUUAGCCCAACGGCACCACACUUCAAGUCGCCCGAUCCCACACCGUUCCGCCUAAGUCCCAAUAUCCAGCACUUUAUCGGUGCAAAUGGGAUUGAGGGAAUCGUCACGAGCUCGUUUAUGGCACUGGGCGGUGCUUUGGCAUUAUCAGAGCACGGCCUGGAAGAGUACUUGGGCAUCUUUGUCCGCGACGAGUUGCAGUUCUGGUUCAAUGGGAUCCAGAGGCAGGGACCCAAAAAUGCGGAGCCUUCUGUGGAACUUGUGAUGCGGAACGUGUUUGAGAUUGUAAAAAGGGCGCGCUUGAUGUCGAGCAGAAAUGCCCAGGACAAAGCGUCCACUGUACCAGUAAACCAGGCAGUGCUUGACUUGAUCAAUUAUGCAAGUCACCCUAGUAAGCUGGCGCUGCAGGACCCUACUUGGAUUCCGUGGCUUUGA